GUGCGUCAAUAGUCGCCUCGGCCAAACGUCUCGCGUAUAUUCACAAGAAUAUAUACCUAUACAUUUAUUCGGUGCGUAUAUUGUGGAUAAAACGUGUAGGACUGUUGCUCGUCGUUUCGCCGCACGCAGUGAUCGCACAGCAGCACACACACACUCUGCCCACCACCGCCGUUCGCGAGUCGUCGUCGUCGUCGUCGUCUACAUACCAUCUCUCCGCGCUAUUUUAUAAUCCGCAGAAAUUGUGUGAGUGAGAGUGCGUGCGUGCGUGUGCUCCGCACGACUCUGUGUGUAUGUGCUGUACACAUUAGUGCGACUCUGGCUGCUAUGUGCCGCAUGCUCCUGCUGCCUCGGUAUACUUAGUGCAGUGUCGGCGAGGCAUACUCCCUGAGACGGUCUCUCACUCCGUUCUCUCGCUCUCUCUCUCUCUCUCUCUCUCUUUCUUUUCUGCGAUAUGAAAAACAAUUUCGUCCGACUGAUUAUCUGCGACGACGCGUCGUCUUGAGUCCGCAACGAAUCUGCAAAUAUUGUUGUUAUUGAAUACGCACCGCUGGAAAGUGAGCCUCGGGGGACGACGACGACGACGACGACGACGACGACGACAACAACGAAAGAUUCAUCCCCCCUGAGGCGAGUUUUGGCGUAUACGUAUAUAUAUCACUUGAAUAGUCUAUACUUUCAUCGGUGCGUGCGAAUGUAUCGCGCGUGGACACGGAAACAUCCAAAACUGUCGUCCUAGAACGAUUACCUUUGAGUGUUUACAGUGCUUAAAUUGGGUGUAUGCAUCUAUGAGCGUGGAUUAAAAGAUGGUCCUUGUUUUGAGUCUCUUUGAUAAUGAAGGCUGAAACCUGACAUUCAGAAAAUUAUCAAGCAGAAGUAAAGUGCAAACAAGCAUUAACUCUACCAGAGAAUUCAAACUGUCAGCUCAUAGAAAAUCACUUGAUUGUACAGUGCUACGGCAAUGGAUAACUCAAAUAAACGUCAAGCAACAAGGGUUUUCAAAAAAUCCAGUCCAAAUGGCAAAAUUAGUGUAUAUUUAGGUAAACGCGACUUUGUCGACCACAUAGGUCAUGUUGAUCCCAUUGACGGUGUGGUGCUCAUUGAUCCGGAUUAUGUGAAGGACAGGAAGGUCUUCGGACACGUUCUGGCCGCAUUUAAAUAUGGCAGAGAGGACCUCGACGUCCUUGGGCUCACAUUCCGUAAGGACCUUUAUCUGGCCGCAAAACAAAUUUACCCAGUGCAAGAGGACUCGACACCGCGCGAACUCACUCGACUGCAAGAGCGUCUUAUGAAGAAACUCGGCAGUAAUGCCUAUCCGUUCAAUUUUGAACUGCCAGCGCACUGUCCCGCCUCGGUGACGCUACAGCCGGCGCCCGGCGACACAGGCAAGCCCUGCGGAGUCGAUUACGAGCUGAAAGCUUUCGUUGGCGAGCGACAAGAGGACAAGCCACACAAAAGAAACAGCGUAAGACUGGCGAUUCGCAAGAUCGUUUAUGCUCCGUCGAAGCAAGGGGAGCAACCCUCGACCGAGCGAAGCAAAGACUUCGUCAUGUCUCCUGGUAAGCUACACCUGGAAGCCAGCCUCGACAAAGAACUGUAUCAUCACGGGGAAAAUAUAGCCGUGAACGUGCACGUAGCCAAUAACAGUAACCGUACUGUCAAACGAAUCAAAGUAUCCGUCAGGCAGUUCGCCGACAUUUGCCUCUUCUCUACGGCCCAGUACAAGUGCACCGUGGCCGAGGCAGAGAGCGAGAUCGGCGUGGCACCGGGUUUUACACUGAGCAAGGUAUUUUCACUGAGGCCAACUUUAGCCGACAACAAAGAUAAGCGAGGCUUGGCGCUCGAUGGGCAGCUCAAACACGAGGACACGAAUCUGGCAUCGAGCACGAUCGUCGCCGAUCCGUCGCAGCGCGAGAACCUUGGAAUUAUCGUGAGGUAUCGCGUCAAAGUCAAGCUCUGUUUAGGCGCAUUAGCCGGUGAGCUCGUGGCCGAACUGCCUUUUGUUCUUAUGCAUCCCAAGCCCGACGAAGAGGAGGCCGCUAUGAGUCAAAACACAUCGCGGACCAGUCCGACGCCCAAGCCCGACGAGAGCACGGCGAACGAGGACGCGAAUCUUAUACAGCUCGAAGAGGAGGCCGACGGCGACGAUAUUAUUUUUGAAGACUUUGCAAGACUCAGGCUCAAAGGCGAGGAUCCUUGACCGCUCGAGGAUAAUCAAGAUUUUUCUAUUUAGGCUGGUGCAACGACUUGUUGAUUAAUUUCAUUAUUCGUCAAUUUUAUCAUUCUACGUCCAACAAAAGAUUGAUAUUCUACAAUAAAAGAUGUACGACGCGACUGAUGAACGCUCUCGAUGCUUUGUAAAUUAUUUUCUAGUGUGAAAGGGACGUUCAACAAGUUCAGUUUUUAAAUGUGUUCUUUCGAGCUUGAAAACUGUCUCUAAAAUGGCUCAAAGAUAUUAUUUAAGGAUCAUUAUUGAUAUCUGUAUAAAAUUCCAUUAGGUUUUAUCUUUCAAGUAAUUAAAGAAAAAACAAUGAUUUUUAUACUCAUACAUUGUGCAGUAGCUAAAUUAUUUAUUAUACAUGUAUGGCUUUUUUACUACUAAUAAUUAAUUUUUCAUUGUCAAAAGACAAGCAGAUGAAAUCAAGCACAACUUUGCUGAUUUUUGACAACAUUGUAAUUUUUUUUAGAGUUUUUAUCGAAACAAAGUUCUAAGCUGAUGAAAAAACUAUAGUUUUUCAAAUUGAUACGCGAGUAUCACACAAGAAUAAUUAUUGUGUGCCCAAACAUCUUCACAAAAUUAAUGUACUUGACUAAAACAAAAGAACUUGUUUAAUGACAUUAAAAUUCCAAUUUAUUAAAGCUUAAA